AUGGACAAUAAACAGUCUCCAUCAAAGAAGAAGUUACUGUCCAUCCAAGAGGAGAAGUUGAUUCGCGAGGUUGACUACGAUUCGCUCGCAGGAGGCACUACCUGCCUGCCUAAAAAACAACUUCUGUUGGAUUUGGAGAUACUUCAGAGAAGGCCUACGCAUCGUCCAGCCUCCCAAAGAGUGAUCGUAUCUAUAAAACCGAGAGCACCCGCCAUCAAAACUUUGUACAUUGCAGAAAAAAGUCGUUUUCACUCUAAAAAGGGUUCAGAUAAGUCAGAAUCACGUCUUGCUAUUGGCGAUCACUCCUCUUUCACGACUCAUUUUAGUGAGGAUGAUCCAAAUAUUGUGAAUUCAAUUGCUUGUGGUACUGAACAAGAGUUUACCAAAAGCGAAAUAGAAACAGACAGAGCUUCAUCAAUAACUAUCCAGGUAGAGAGCUCAACAGUAGUUUCGAAAUGCUCGCAUACUGACAGUCAAUGCGCAUCUCAUAAAGUCAAUGUGUAUAAUACAAAACAAAGAUCUGCGGAAAAAUGCUAUGUGUAUACCCAGCCGCCAUUGACUAUGAACCUUGCUAAACCUGAAGCAAACAUAGAUAAAAAGAAAUCUGUGAAUCCUAAUAAAAUUGACAUUGCUACAUUAAUAAUCACGAACACCUCAUCCGAAGCUUCGCCUCCACCCUCACGUACUACUAUUAAUACCUUGAACAAGAGAAUCGAUCACUUAGAACGGAAGAUUUUAAGGCAAGAAAUGGUAUUUCGUUCAAUCGAUCCCAACAUACCGCUGUCAUCAUCUGAUGAAGAGUCUAAGGAUAGUGCAAAUAUGAAGGCCACAUCUGGGACGGGGAGACCCGGGUGUAGCUAUAUACAACAAUAUAGUCAUAUUCCUGAAACAUCGGCCUUCCAGCGAUAUGCACAGCAAGUACCGCCAUUGACACCCAGUAAGGCCACUACUUUGGAAAAAGAACAUAAUUCUGAGCAGUACGGCCGAGACUUUACCGCUUACGAUGGCAUAACAGCUCGUGGACGGCGACAAUGCGCGUCUGUACCAUGCAAACGAGACGAUAUUCCAAAAAUAGCUGCCGAACGAGUACACAAAAUACGACACAAACUCAAUCCAGUUCGGGAUUAUCGACUGAUGGAUACCGUUCAUUAUUUAGCGCAAGGUGAGUUUGCACCGCGCGACGACGGUAUUAAACUGACACCGUCUCGAGAGGCUGUACUUAGUGACAUUAUUUGGGAAGAUGUAUGUCGAACUCAUUGGCCGAAUGCUCGACUUGGACGUCGAGUGACGCAUUCCGAAAGAUAUAAUACAAGAUGUGAGCUGCAACGACUAAUUGACAGCUUGCUGCGAGAACGUGUCGCUCACGUGGAACGUCGAAGACGACGUCAUUAUAGGAUAGUUAAGUUAAAUCACCGGCAUGAGAGUUGUAGACCGGUAGGAAAAACUGGAGACAUUAUCGUAGCCAGUCAUAAAAACAGACAAGGAGACGAUUUAACUAUAAGUGAUCACACUACUGGCAGUGCAAUGAUGUCAGAAAGGAAGUGGGAAGAAUCAGGUUCUCGCCGAACUCCUAGGAGCCACGACCGUUUGCUGUCAGAGGCGCGACAAACUCGUCAUUCCCAAGAUAAAAGAUACGCGUAUGAAGAUUGUCCUCCUGGUACUAGUCACGCAGCGAACAGAUCUCCGUCUAGUAGAGAGCCAACUUGUUGCUAUCAGGCAUCUAGUCCAACAAAGCCCUGUAGAAGCAGUGGGUCUCCCAAGAAAAAAAGCAAUGGAAGUAAUGAAUUAACGAGUGCUAGCAGUUCCAGCAAAACAAAGGCUCCUAGGCUAGUUGUCAAGAAAGAUCCAGGUUAUCGCAAGCACCACAGUAAGGAUGAGCCAAAUCUUGAACAUUACAUUUUACUACCUACGUUGGUUGUACGAACGCCGUCUAAUAUGAAGCGACAGAAGAAAUUUAACGAACUAUACCACCGCAUUUUGAACAUCCAACUUAAUAACGUUCAAAAUUGCGCCGUUGGUUCGGAGUCAACUAAAGUGUCUGCACAAACCCCGCCUACUAAAGACGUUGGGUUGAACAUCAAAAUAACUCUCUCUAACAGUUCUGAGCAAGUUAGUCAGGGUGAAUCGUGA